AUGCAUAGUGGCAAAGGCUACUGCAGCUACUGUCGUGUCACCUACGCCAACCUGGAGCAGUCUUACGUGCAGUCCUGUAAAGUGCAACAGCAUAGAGCUACUGUGCUGUACUGUGCACUACAGUCAGCAGAGCUGCAGCAGUGCACUGUAGAAGCCGCCGUAAGUCGGCGCUGCUGCGCAGUCCUGUGUCGUGAGAACACAUCUCAGGAUUCUGAGCAGCGGGACCUGUACUUUAGAAGGAUCACAGCUGGUCCUGGUGGCGCACGCCUUCCUUGUUUUUCUUUACAGCAUUUGUUUAGCGCCCAGCACAGGAGCGUGACCAGACAGAACAGACAACGCUUACUAAGCAGCAGUAGCCUGAUGGAGCGCUUCCUGCAAGAUGUGCUGCUGCACCACCCGUCCAACUACCAAGACAGCAGACCACAACAGGAGAUGCCUACGCAGUCUGCCUCACCCGACGUGAUUCAUUUGGAUGAGGAACUGCGGCAAGACCCAGAAGCUGAAGAAAAAAGCUUCGAGAGUUCUGAAUCUGUUGAGGAGUCACGUGCUCAUCCCGGUGUCUCUCAGAACUCUGCGAAGGAGGUUUUAGUUCGACCAUCAGUUAUUCAAAAACUAGAGCGGGGACAGCAGCUGUCUUUAGAGCUUAAUAAAAUUGAGAGUGGUGUGAGAAAUAUCAAUCUAGUAGAUAUUGGUCAUGCUUCAAAUAAUGGGAAAAGUGUAAUCCGUCCUUCUGUGAUUUUUAAUGCUCCUCCUGCUACUUGUUUACCAGUUGCUGUCAGAGCUAGACCCGUUGCUGCGAGUACUAGUAGGAUACCACUAGCAAUCCGUUCAGAGUCACGUAGCAAACACAACCCGAGCAAAGUUGACAAAGUUGAGCAGCUAGACGGGGGCUCUAAAAACCGUAUGCCAUCAUGCCGUCCAGAAACUCCUUCAGUUCCCUCUGAGAAUCCUAAAGAAUCAAACAAAAAAUCUGUACGUGUAAAUUUAAAUAAUAAGUUGCUUUACCAGAAAGAUGUAAAAUGCCAGGGUGAAACUUCGUCACCGGCCUCUAAAUUCCGUGAGCCGAAGGAUACGAAGAGUUCUGUCAGAGUGAAGUCUUCUUCUAAAGUAGCAGUGAACCCAGUGGUAAAGCUGAAAAAACCUGAUGUGCCACCUGCCAAACGAGUCUCGGAAGGUGCCAUUCCAAAGCGCCGUGGGGAGUUGCCGUCACAGAGGAGUUGUACCCGGGAAGAAAAGCAUCUGGUUCAUAAUAAGCCAGCAAGUUUGAAACAGAAGGGCUCAGUGAGUGCUAAAGCAAAGUUGGAUCGCAGCUCUCUGCAGUCAGCAUCUGUCCCAGCCCGAAAGGCUGUACAAAAGCUGCACCUCUGGAAAGGGAAACCAGGUGCUCACGAAGAUGGAUCUCGAGGUUCCAAAAUGAAUGUUGAUUAUAAUUCCGUUUCUCCUUCAUCAGCUCACCUAUCUGACAUGACUGCCAGAAAAAGAAAUGUUUCAGAGGAAACACAGACCACUUCACAGUACAAGAGUAACAGAGCUUGUGAUUCCAAAAUAAACUCGGAGGAUGAGUGUGAGGAUUCCCUUCAGGCGGUUCCCAACCAAUCCCAAGUGAUUGUCAAAGCAGCAAGCCCUCCAGAAGCAAUACGUGUAAGCCUUGUUGAUGAAUGCUAUGAUUCCAGUGACUCGGAAAUGAAUUUUGAUUGUGAUACCUCCGUAGAACCAACUGACAUCAACACCCAACAGCCUGAUGUAGAUGUAAUCUUCCCCAACCGGGUUUGCAUCAAUUUGGUUGAUAAGAGCUAUGGAUCUAGCAGCUCCAAAGGAAGUGCUGCUUCCUUGACCUCACGUGAAUCAGUAGUUAAGAAGCCCCCAGGGGAUGUCACAAAAAAGAAACAGCACACAAAACCUCACAUUUGGCUGGUGGAUAAGAGCUAUGGAUCUAGUUAUUCCGCAUCAAGUUCUGACAAUGAUGGUUUGCCUCAGUCAGGAGUUGACUGCCCCCAACCGAUUGUUACAGAAGAAAACCAGAAAGGUAGACCUGUCCAGCUCAAAAAUAAGAAAUGUAAACCAAGUAGUGCCAAAGCACAUCUUGCUUGUGGUGUUUCUCAUGAGGCAGUGUCUCAUCAACCCCAGAGUGAUGUUGGAAGAAAAAAGCUUCUGAAAAAGAAGAAUGCUGGCCUUGUGGACAUGAACUGUGAGUCUUAUGAUCCUGACAUGGGUUUUCAUGCUGAUGCUCAAUUAGUGGCUGAUGAAUCUCAAGAGGCAGUUAAAGAAGUAAACUCUCAGGCUGUAGAUACUGACUUAGAAAAUAAGAGUGUUCAAUCUAGCAUUUCUGACCUAAGUUUUGAGUCUCAUGAUUGUCUUUAUCAGUCAGCUAAUGAUGAACUUGAAGGGGAUUUAGGUGAAAUAAAUCUUAAAGAGUUAAAUGUUGACGUGGAAGCUAAGAGCAGUGGGUCCUGCAGUUCUGAGUUGACAUUUGAUUCUGAUUCCCCUCUGUCAGUUUCCGAGUGGUCUCAGCUGGACGUUGAAAGCCUAAAAGAAGAUCCCUUUAACCUGGAAGAGGAGAGCUCUGAGUCAAAUAGUUCUGGCCUGACUUUUGAUUCUGAUAUUCCUACUUGCUCAGUAAUUGACCAGCCUGAAGUAGCUGUUUAUGAGGAAGAGCCUGUUGAUCUGGAAAAUGAAAGUGAUGAAUCUUGUGUUUCUGAAAUAAGUUUUGACUCUGAUAUUCCUCUUCACUCAGGAAAAGAACAACCCGAAGUAGCUGUUAAAGAAGUAAUCAUUCAGGAAGAAGAAUACAUAUCCUUAGAAAGGAAGAAUGCUAAGCCCAGUGGUUCUGAAAUAAAUUCGGAUUUUUACACUCCUCUCCAUUCAGUGACUAAUCCUCCUCAAGUAGCCAUGAGAGAACUAAGUUCUCAAGAAUUAAAACACAAAGAAAACAAACCUACUGAUUCUGAGCUGAGUUUGAAUCAUGAUAUUUUUCUUUCAACUAUUGGACAUUCUGAAGAUCUCACUGAUGACAGAAACUUUCAGAAAGAGGACUGCGAAUACUUAGAAAAUAAGCAUGAUCAACCCAGUGUUUCUGGAACCCAGGGGGACUCUGACAUCCGUCCGUCAGUGAUUUCCAACCCUCAAGUGGUUGUUGAAAAUACUCAGCUUCACAAAGAAAAACAGGCUGAUGUUCAAGGCAAAAAUGCUGAAUUUAAUGCCUCUGAAAUAAAGGCUAAUGUCCCUGACUGUCCAGUAACAGAACCUCAAGUGUUUCGUAAAAGAAAAGAAAAGAAGAAGCACAUUGAAAAGAAGACUGAUAAAUAUGAUGACUUUGAACUGACUUUGAAUUCUGAUGACUUUCCUUGGUUAGUUCCUGAGAACUCUCCACUAGGGGUUUUUCAGGAGGACUUUUUUUACCCAGAAUAUGAAAGUUCUCAAUGUAGCAGUUUGGAAGCAAAUAUGGAUGUUACUGGCUCUAUUCAUUCAGUCUCUGACCAACCCCACCUGAUCUUUUUCAAAAAAAAAUACGUCGAUCCAAAAGACAAAAGCAGCAAACCUAGUGACUCUGAAAUAUGUUUCAGUUCUGUUCAACACUUAUUGCCUAAACAAUAUCACAAAAUGAUUAGCACACUAAAUCUAUGGAAGGAAGAGGCUGUCACCCUGCAACGUAAGACAGAGGUACCUGGUUGCUCAAAAGCAACAUAUAAUUCUGAUGCUCUUCUAACGUCUGCAGCUGAUCAACCUGGAGUAGCUGUUCAACUCAUAAUCCAGGGGCAAGAAGGUCAAGUGCGCUUGGGAAAUAAAAUCCAAAGUAUUUUUUCUGAAAUGAAUUUGGAUUCAGAUUUUUUGGUUCAAGCAAUAGUUGAUCGACCUUACAUAGCUGUUCAGAAGUCAAGGAAAGAAGAUCAGCCUGAUCAGUCUGGUGACUCUGAAGGAAAUUCUGCUUCUGAUGCCUCUGUCCAACCAGUGGCUAACAGGCUGGGGGAAACAGGGAAAGAAACAGCCCCUGGGAAUGGUGAAGGUGUUGACAUUGAUAGUAAGAGGGGUGCAGCUGAGAGUUUUGAAAUCACACGUGAUUCUGGUGUCCUUCAGCCAGCUACUGGCCAAAUCAAAGUCAUUCAAGAGGUGAAACCUUGGGAAAAGCAUCUUGACUUGGAAGAUGAGAAUGGUGAACCUAGUGGUUCUAAAAUAAAUUCUGGUUCUAAUGAACUCUCUCAGACUGUGACUAAUAAAAUUCAACAGCUGAUUAAACAAGCAAUUCUUCCAGGGAAGGGACAUUUUUAUCUUGGUAAGGGCUAUGAACCCGACGGUUCUGAAGUAAUUUAUAUUUCAAAUGUCCCUCUUCGGCCAGUCAUUCAGCAACCACAGAGUUCGGAAGAGGAGCAUGCCAAUUUGGAAAUGAACAGCAGCGAUGCUUGUCCCAGCACGAGUUUUGAUUCCGAUACACUUUGUCAGUCUGUGCCUGGUCAGCUUCAAAAAACUGUUGAGGAAAUGAAUCUGAAGGAGGUGCAUGUUUGCCUGGAGAAUAAGAGCUACCACCUAGUUGGUUUUAAAGCUGGCUAUAAUUCUGAUGUUCCUGUCCAAUUUGUGGUUGAUUCUUCUUAUGUGUCCGCCAAAGAAAUAGAUGUGCAGAAGGAAGAUCAUAAUGACCUAGAAAAUGAGAGCUAUAAAGCCUAUUGUUCUGAAAUACAGUAUGAUUCUGGUAUACAUCUGCAGUCAGAAGUUGAUCUCCCUCAGGUGACUUCCAACGAAACAAGCUUUCAGAGCAGGGGGCUUUUGGACAUGGAAGAAAAUACCUAUGAACUUAGUGGUCUGGAAAUGAUGUGUGAUUCUGAUGUCUCUUUUCAAAUCAUAGUGAACCAGUCACAGUUCUCAGAUGGAGAAGCUGAUUCUCCAGAGGUGGAGUUUGUGGAUAUGAGGGUCAGUGAUAGUGACUGUGACCGUGAAGUGAUUUGUGAUCCUGAUGACCCACCUCAGUUAACCAUGGGAGAAACCAUGAGUAUGAAUGAAGAAUCCUUUCAGGUGGGAAAGAGCUACUGUCACUUUUGUGGUUCUGAGUUAACAUAUGAAGCUGCUUUUCAAUCAGCAACAGAUCAAUCCACAAAGGCUUUCAGAAUAAUAAACCGGGAGAAGGACUGUAUUAUUCUGGGAAACUGCAUUUGUCAAGCUUGUGGAUGCGAAGUAGAUGUUAAUGCCACUGCCUAUAAUCUGUCUGUGUCCUACCAGUCACAGGGGCCUGGUCAAGAAUCUUUUCCCUCAGGAGAUAAGAGCCAGGGGUCUGAUGGUCCUGAAAGAAAUUUUUAUUUUGAAGGCACCUCUCAGAAAACUGACAGUGAAGUCAGUCUUCAGAAAGAUCCAAACUAUACUGAACUAAAUGAUAAGAGCUGGGACUCCAGUAGUGGUUUUGCAGUGGACUGUGCUACCUCAGCUGAGUCUGAGAUCCAUGGCACAGCUGAUCAAGCAAACCCUUUGAAGCUAAAAUGUGCAGACUCAGCAAGCAGGAGGGGCACAUCUUACAGUCCUCAGGUAGCAUUUCAGCGUGGUCCCUCAGUUCAGGCUAACACCAAGCGGCGUCGGCGGGCUGUGAAGAAAAUGCACCCACGGAAGAGGGUAACUUUUGACUCGAGAGAAUACUGUUAUUAUCUGUCCAGCUCUGGUUCUGUGGCUCCUCCUACGAAGAACCUGAACAAAGAACCAGAAGUCAUAGAAGAUGAUCCUAGUGAAUCAGACCUUGAAGUCUUGCCUCCUGUGUCUCCUUCAGUUGUGGGACAAACAUUGCCUCAGAAAGUGCGAGGCAAUGACAACAAAACCAACUACCCUGGGAAGAGACGUAAGAGGGGUCCUUCCCGCCGUCGCUCUUACAAGCACCAUUCAACCAAGAAAGUUUUGUUGGAUGAAGAAACAAAGCCUGCCUGGCCCAGCUCUGAUCAGAAUACUACGUCUGUUCAGACUCUUCCAGAUAGUGACAAUGUUGCAAGGGAAACUGCAGGUACUAGUGACAUUUCAGUUGCCUCAGACAAGUCCGACUGUCCUUGUCCUGUAGCAAGGGACAUUCUUAAAAAGAAUCAGCCUCAGGUUCCUGAGGACCAGGCAUCAAAAGCCACCAAUGCAACUCAGACCAAUCGUGAGAAGUGUCCAUUGAAGAGAAAAGCAACUGACCCAGAAGAAGAAUCACCAAAAAGGAGGUGUUUACAGAGUAACAAAGAAUGUGAACCAGAUGCUGCAGUUGAGACAGCUGAAACUCCCACUUCAAGUGCUGAAGCUUUGGAGUCUGGACAGCCUAGUUCCCCAGUUCCUUCUUCUUCAGGUACAAAAUGGAAGAAAGGUAAAUUCUCCAGCUCACGUAAAAGGAAGCAAAGCACUUGUGGUAAUCGAUCGAAGAAUGUGGGCAAACGUAAACAGAAUAAUCGGAAGAAGCCAUUACGUAAGAAAGCUGCAGUUAGCCGUCGGCGGAAGGCUGUCGUACGGGGCGCUAACACAAGUAAGAGCACUGACACCCAUAAUGGGAGUCGAAAAGCUUUCAUAUCAACAGCAAGGUACUCAUUAAAGUCAUGUAGUGGGAGCGAUGAACCUUGUGUAUUUCUAGAAAGUAUGGACAAUAUGAAUAUGUGCCAGCCUCCAAAAGUUAGUGCUUUCCAGUUGAUGCCUUCAAAUGAUGAUGCCAGCGCCUCUCCAGAACCAGUUACAGAUGAGUAUUUUGAAAGUGAGAGUGAAAAAAUUCCAGAAGAGAUGACAAGUUCCCCUGAAAGCAUUUGUGAAACAGUCAUUCUUGAGGAAAAUGAAGAAACUUCUGAGAAGCAGUCAGUUUUGAUUCGUACAAAAGCAAAUACCGUCAUCAAAAAGUAUACUUUCAAAUAUUCUGUUCUUGUGGGUCCUAAAUCCCAGACCAGGACCACUCUUUUUGAAGUGAAUUCCGAGGAGGAAACGCCUGAUGACGUCAGCCUAAAGAUGAAACCAAAGAAUUCCUCGGUUCCAUCGGCUCAGUUGAAAGGACGGGUCAGGGCUGCCGCAGGGCGCUCUAAGAAGAAAGGGCUGCGUUCUUCCAGCACCGGAGGAAGAAACAAAGUUGCUGAUAAAACCUACACUUACAAAAUGAAAACACCCAUGCUUGUGAGAGAAUACAACCUGAGAAGUUCACGUGGUGGUCCAACUGAUAGCCGGAGGAUGACUCGACUCUCAAGCAAACAAAAUUAA